AUGUCCACCCCAAUGUCCUCUUCAGCCACUCCCGCUCCCGGCACUGUCGUCCCCGUUGGGACCUCUGAGAUUGCAGCAUCUGCGUCUCUGCCGCCCCCUCCCUCAUACAACAUCAAUCAACUGACACCUCCGGCAGCGGACGUGUCGAACGCCUUCCGCAAAGAGGACUACACGGUCAGACAAUGGGACGAUCAUAUCAACUACACGGUUACUGCGUAUGCGUACGUGACCGGUGCGAGUAUCGAGGACCCCAAUUUCACGACAAUCGGCGGCGAAAUCUGGGUUAUUCUCGUCCAUAGUGGUAGCUGCAAGGCUGCGCCAUUAUUUCAAAGCGUAAAAAUCAACGUCAAAGCCUCCAUCGAUGGUCUACUCCUGGGCGAUACGAGUUCCUUCAAGGCUGAACAGCAACUGCCGCCCACUGGAUCGGGAGAACCGCAAUACGACCCAAACGGAGAGCGAACAGGCUAUACACGAUUCACCAUUCAAUACGAUCGUUUGAUGACGUUGAUCCGGAACGGUGGGAUGGAUUCUCUUUCCUUCGACGCAAAGUACGAGGAUGUCUUCAAUAUCUACUUGAGCGGACAGCAAAGUGGCGAAGUCACGUUCGAUGGUAAGGGAGUGGAAUUCACAACCUCGGGCACUGGCAUGUGGGAUAGCUUCAUCAUGCCCAUCCGCGGCUUCUCGGUCUUCAGUACACGCAUGCGUAUCGAUGAAAUAUCCAUGAAUAUUGAUUAUGAUGUUAAUGUAUCCGCAGGUUCGAGCGAAUUGACGUGGGGGACUGGCGGUUCUCAGAAAUUCAGUCUUAGCCUGGUGCCGAGGCCACCGGGGGAGUGA